UUGCACAAGGAGGGCCACACCCUGCAGGACAGGGGCCUCCACCCAGAACUCUGCAUCCCAGCAGCCGAGGGGGGAGACUCCGGGCUUUACUGGUGCGAGGCGGCCCUUGAGGGUGGCUGGGUCCAGAAACAGAGUCCCCAGCUGGAGGUCAGGGUGAGGGGAGGACGGGGAGACCCUCCCCAGGGGCCUGGGCAGUGGGGCCCCCUGGGAAUGUGGGGAGGGGUCCCUAAGGGAGGAGGCUGGGGGGUCCCGCUGACCCUUCCAACUGUGUGCUGCCCCGGUUCCUGUGUCCCGUCCUCUGCUCACCUUGAGACCCACCAGCCGAGUUGUGGAGCUCCUCCCCUCCGAUCCUCAUUCUACCUCAAUGGGGACACCCUGUGGAACCACGUGGCUCCUGGUGGAGCCGUCUCCUUCCUCUUCCCGGUGAUGUCAGAGCAGGAUGCUGGGAACUACACCUGCGAGGCUGAGAACAGUGUCUCCAAAGAGACAAGCAAGGCUGAGACAUUCUCCGUGGAUGGUCCUCGGGUCUUAUCUGUCCCCACUAGCAACAACUGGCUGGUUCCCUGGUUGCCUGCAAGCCUGCCUGGCAUGAUGGUCGUUGCUGCUGCUCUUCUAGGGUAUUUCAGACCCCGGAGAAAAACCGGUCAGUAA